AAGGCCAAAAACGUGUGUGCGUGUUCUCCCUCUGGCUGUCCCUGUCGUGUGCGCGUAUUUGUGUGUGUAUGUGUGCGUGCGUGUGGGCGUUUAAAGUGGCAUGAGAAAGUGUGUCUCGGCAUGUAUAUAUGAGUGAGUAGGUGUGUAUUUUUGCAUUCUAGUGUGUAUGUGUGCGUGCGUGUGAGUGUGUAGAGUGGCAUGAGAAAGUGCGUCUCGGCAUGUGUGUGUGUAUAUCUUUAUAUAUACAGUCUAUGGUGUGUACGUGUGCAUUCGUGUGCGUAUGUGUGUGUGUUUGUGUGCGUGCGUGUGAGUGUGUACAGUGACAUAAGAAGGUGUGUUUCGGCAUGUGUGUGUGUGUGUGAAUGAGAGAGAGGUAGGCGUCACGGAAGUGUGAUGACAGCGCGUGCGGCCGCGCUGAGAUGCCACCAGCGUCCCCAGCAUCAGAUCAGAUCUCAUCUGCACAGACAACAUGGCCCCCAAAGACCCUCUGCUCUCCUCUCUGAAAGUGUGUGUCCUGAACCUGCAGUCCCAUGGAGACACGGUGACGGACAGCAGCCCGCACCUCGCCUCCUGCUGCGAGCUCCUGGAGCUGGUCCUCAGGAAGGGGCUCCAACAACCAGUUCUCAGUCUGGUACACAGAGACUACUGGCAGUGUUUCAGCCAGCUCCCCCACCAAGAUGCCUGUGGCAGGCUGUCUUCUCUGUCCCUGGCAGUGGAGCAGACCAGAGUUUGCAGGAAGCUUCUCUCUGCCCAGGGUCGGGGCCGCUACCUGCUCCGCCUGGCCCUCAGCCGCAAGGCCCUGCCGCAGUUCAUCACUCACCUGCUGCACACACCCAGAGUCCUGGAGUGGUACAGCCCGGCUUUAUCAAUUCUCAGGAAUGAAGAAUUUGUAGAGCCAUUCAUGUCCCUGCUGCUCAUCCUCUCUCACAUGGACUUCCAACUGGACCUGGAGAAUUGCAGUUUUCUGGAUGAGAGCUGUCUCCCACCGGUGUGUGAAAUAUACGAAGUAGUGCCCUGUCGGGAAGUCGGCAUGGUGCUGAGGUAUCUCAGCGGGCGUGUCUUUGUUCUCCACCUGACGCCCGGCAGUCAGGCUCACCUCGACCAGGUCGUUUCUCCCGGUGACAUCAUUGAUGAGAUCAACGGGACCUCACUGAGGAACUCCAAGUGUGGACAGGCAGGUGUGGUUCUGUCCCGGCUGAGGAGCUGCCCCCUCACCAUCCGUAUCCUGCGAUGGAGGGCCCAUGAUGGGACAGUGUACCGGCCUCUCGUCAAACUCCUGCGGGCCCUGAGGAUGGAAAACCCUGCGCUGCAGCUGGACAGCGCUCCUUCCCCACAGCCGGCCCCCCAGGAGCAGAGCUCCCCCCCGACACAGUGUCUCAAAGAGGGAAGAAUUGUAUACAUUCUGCAGUUCUUGGGAAAAGCAGAUAUUGGAACGUUUGGAGGCAAAGAGGUGCUGCAGCAGGCAAUUGCACAAGUGUUGCAGAAAAACUUGGCCAGCCAGGAGGUGCUCCUGGAUAUGAAGGAAACCCACUUGACAUGCACCGAGAGAAACAGCAAACUGGAGCUGUUUGAGCAUCAAUUUCCAGAGAUUUCAUGUGUCGGGAGAUACGGUCGACCUGACUACACAAUAUUUGCCUUCUGCGUGGCAGACUCCCCAGAAACCCCUCAGUCUUCAGGCUUCUGCUGUGUGGCGCUCAGAGCCAGCUCCAUCAAGCAGUGUGAAGAGAUUGUCUGCCGUAUAGCUACUGGCUUCAAGCACACGGAGUGGUUUGUAUGACAACUGGAGCGAACUCCAUUUCCACAUGCUAUUGUAAAUAAAUGUAUAUAUAAAAAAAUGUACACGUCUGGAUGACACAUUUAAAUUGACUACAGCACACAGGACUUUCUACGCA